CGGGGUACGAAGCCAUGGGAGGAAGCCGCGAUGGGAUUCCUCUCCCAUUUCUAGUUUCCCACCUCCAGCUUAGCUUCCUCGUUUUCUUCACGUUUGCUCUCAUCCCCUCUCCCCCCAAACAAAGUCCAGGUCUCGCCCACUCAAGAUGGCCACAGAACCAGAGCUGUCAGAGAUGUGGGCAUCGGCCCUGGCCGAGUACGAGCGGGACACGAAGCGCGCGCUGGACCGCAAGAUGCUGGAUCGCAUGCGGGAUGUGAUGACCCCGGACGACCUUCUUGCCGAGAUCGAGGCCUCGGACCAAGCUUUUCGUGAUUUCCGCAAUAAGCGCGGCGGGCUGUGGCGGAAGCUGAGCGCCUUUGUGCCGCCGCUCGUCGCCGCGCUCAAGAUUGGAAUCACUCCGUUGAGCGCAUCGGUGGAUGCUGUAGGCAUUCCGGCUAGUGCUGUGUUUGGGGCAUUGUUGCACCUUGUUCGGAGUUGUGAAAACGUCUCCAACGCAUUCGAUUGGGUUGAAGAGGUUUUUGGCGAGCUGAAACGCUUUCUGGAUCGGUUGACGGCCCUGAUGCAAGCACCGUUACAUUCACUACUGAAGGACCAAGUGAUCGCUAUAUUAGUGUGCGUGUUACGAGUAAUCGGCCGUUCUGAGGCCCUUAUUCGAGGAUCGCACUUUCGCCAAUAUCUGAGAGUCACAUUCCUCGGCAAGGAUGAAAAGACAACAAAGAUUAUUGGUGAUUUCAACAAGCUUGUAGCAAACGAACACUUGAUUGAAGUCUCCUUGACUUUGGCUACGGCCCAAAAGAUUGAGGAAAAGCAAGAAACAAACACAGCUGAGAUCAAGAGUGACAUACAAGCCGUCCACGACGCCAUCAAAGAAGGACAAGAGCAAGAGACAGCCGCACAAAUCCAGGAAAGAAUAGAACGGAUCCUAUGUGGAACCAACGCUGCGUACGAGGUGCAAGAAACUUAUCACAGAAUCAAGAAGGAUCUCCUUCAAGGCACCGGCGCCUGGCUCAGAGACGAACCCAUUUUCCAGUCAUGGAUCAAACACCAGGCCAGCAUCCUUUGGAUCUUUGGUGGACCAGGAUCGGGCAAAUCGUACCUAUCCGCAUGGAUUACUAUGCAACUAGCAGACAAUUUGAUCGAUCCCGAGUACACGCGAGAUAGUUCUGUGGCCUAUUUCUUCGUGAAGGAAAACAACAAAGAUCUUCGCAAUGCCAACAACAUAUUAAAAACGCUAGCCUGGCAGCUAUGUGAACAGGAUGCCUAUUUUAAAGCCCACGUAGCUGCGGCCUGCAAGGGCAACAAGAAUCCCACGUUCACGCCCGAAGAUACGUGGGAAAAUCUUUUCCUAGGCUACUAUAACAACAAGGAGCCGGUUCCGACCAAAGCUACUAUUAUCAUCGACGGGCUGGACGAGGCCCCCCGAGAAACAAGACAGAUCCUUCUCGGCUUCCUCAAACGACUCGUAUCGGCAACGCGCUCGACAGACCGUGUAUCAAUACAGUUCGCUGUUGUGGGACGUAACGAUUUGCGCAACGACAUGGAGUUCACACGGCAGGAAAAGUUCUACCUCAUCAAGGUCGACAAAACAAAGAACCAAAACGAUAUCGACAGCUACGUGCGGCGGAGGCUCGAGGACGUCGAGAUUUUACGGCGGAUGCGAAAGAUGAAGCCACGUGGGAAGCAGGAUGCCAACGCCGCGGGCGCCCGCAUUAAGAAACGCAUUCUCGCCGGUGCCGAUGGCGUGUUCCUGUGGGCGAGGCUGCUCAUUAAAAUGAUCCUUAAUAAGGACCUUGCACAGAUCGAAGAAAUCCUUCGCGAACCACCCGAAACGCUCGAUGAUAUGAUAGAAUCAGUUCUGGAUCGUAUGGCGAGUGAUAAGGAUCUUGGGCACCAGUUGCUCAGGAAAAUGCUGCUUUACGUGGUUUAUGUGCAGCGGCCGCUUCGUUUUGGCGAGUUGAACGAGUUUCUAAGUCUGCCGGAUAGGAAGCCCAAUCUAUUGCUCUGGGAAAGGACUCGGGGAGUACUUUCAGCGGUUUUUGAUCUACGCUUCCCUGGCGACCAAGACCCAGAUGAGAUCGAGGAUGACGACGAAGAGAAUGAACUCGGAGGGUCUGAUGACGACAAGGGGAAGGAUGAUGAGUCUGACCAGUCCGACGACGAAGAUGGUGGUUUCGAUUUUACUGGGGAUGAUGAAGGCGAGGACACGAGUGCCGAUGACAAUGAUAACCAACAAAUCUUUGCACCCAUCGCCUCGCAUCGCCUCCGUACAUCAUGGGAGGUGCAGCUUCGCCGACAAAACACGACGACCCAAUAUCAGACAUACCUCAACGACGCUCAGAUCAAGACCGAAAUUACUUUCUGCCAUGCCCGUUUCAAGGACUACCUACAGCGGGAAGGCCGCUCCCGGAACCGCAAUAAGUUGGUGCACGCCAUCAUCCCAGAGACCGAAAGGGUGCAUAUCGAAAUAACCAUGAUGUGCCUUGAGGUUUUCAUGCUGGAAUACUCUCUCAAGGAUCACAGUAAAUAUCUAGUUGAUUAUCCUCUCAACUAUCUCGGCUUCCACCUCCGUCGUGUAGACCUCGGCCAAGUUUCAGACUUGGAGUUCGUCAAGGUCGUCAAAGGUCUGUAUUGGCUCUUUGGUACGGAGCGGGGAGCGACUUGCUUCAUUUUGGCAAACCAAGACUACGACUUGGACGGCACCCGCUCGAGUGAGAGUGCCUUUUCUCGGAACUGGGUUACAAGCGUGGAGAAUUUGAAGCUAGUUCAGGCGUGGUUCUGUCAGGUAGCGUCGCGCAGUACCAGCGUGGAAAUCGACCAUAACGUUCGACUCUGGACGCAGACUGCUUCAGAGAGCUAUGCCGAGCUACUGAAGUGCGUCAUGAUGGCAGCUAGCAAGAGCUGGCUUACCAAACCGAGCUACGACAGCGAUGAAUACCGUGUCAAAGGCUACUUCCCGUGUUGGCUGAUGGAAGGGUGGCUAAGUUUGUGCGAGACAGGUGAAGUUUCAACCCGGCUGGAAGGUCUAGACUACUCGUAUGACAGUAUAGACUUCCUGGAGCGGGCCACUCCCUCCCAUCUCAAGCACCUCGCCAUGUGGGCCGGAUUGGAGCGGGAUACGCACUGGCAAACCUGCCUAGGGUGGAUGCUCAUGGAGGGAUACCACUUUACCGAAGCCAUCGCGCAUUAUGAUAUGGCCAUCCAGCUCAGCCCCAAAGACGCUUGGGUUGCGAUGGAAGGUAAAGCCCGCUGCCAUGGAAGCAUGAGAGAAUAUCAAGAGGCAAUCGACUGGCAGAGGCGAGCGAUCGAGUCCCUGCCCGAAGGUCUGAAGAGCAUCGGGGCUUUUCUGUAUCCCCGAAUCGCAGAGUGGGCCGCGGAGCUGGGGGAUCAGGAUGCCUCGUUCGAGGCGGCCGAACUUGGCAUCGACAUUGAUGGAUACAGUCUGCUCGCGCAGGUGCGCUACAUCGAGGCCCUGUGGCGCAGGGAUGACUGGGAUCAUCUUAUGCGCGUCUUCGACUGGCUGCACAGACAGAACACCGAUGACGAACGCGGGUACAGCUGGCUUGUGCGGCUUCUGCUACAGGGAGAGUAUAUCUUGGGUGAGUUGGGCGAGGCUUGUCGCAAGACCGGACAGCCAACAUGGGUGCUGGAUGUGCUAGGCGUGGUGGAGGAGCAGAUCCAGAAGGGCGGCUCGAGGGUCGACAUAAGGAACUUGGUGUGGUGGUCGUACCACCUGAUGUGGUUUUACAACCAAUGGUAUGACGACUGCGCCGACCAGGUCAUCCGGGUGGGCGAGCGGUUCCUGGACUCGCUUAAGCAGCUCUCAUCCGAGUUGCAGAGCGCGUGGGAAAAUGAGCGCAGCUGGGUUGUCAACAAGUUGGCGGCACUAUACUACGAUAAGGCAGUGGCGACUUGGGAUGAGGGCCGCGGGGCAACCAAGGCGACGGUGUUUGCAAACAAGAUCAAGAUGCUUGCGGUCAGCGUACCCACAAGCACGGCCGAAGGUUUCGAGGGCUUCGACUUCUUUAACAAGGACUACCCUACACUUUUGUGGGGCCGGUGGCUCAGGGACUUCCGCAAGGCCGACGAAAAUGCAUGGAGAGAGUCGUUCAAGGUACGACUGCUCGAGGAGAUGAAAAGUUUGGAUGACGACGAUCCAGCAAACGAUACCAGCGGCAUGGCCACGCUAGCUGUGAGCUUGUUUCAUGCAGGGGACAGGAAGAAUGCCGCAGCACUGUUGGCUAUUUUGUUUCAGCCACUAGAAACUUAUGAGCCUGAAGAGGAGGACGAGCAGAGCGAGGAGGAGCACAGUGUUGGGAAUGACGAUGACGAGGAGGAAGCAAAAGAAGAUGAUUUACCACAGGAUGAGUCAGAGUAUAGCGAAAUAGCGGAUACAGAUGAUUCUUGGGAGGACGUGGAGGGAGAGGAGAAGGAAGACGUAAAACCUAAAACGGUCAGAAUACAGGAGCCAGUCAGUGACGAGGCAAAAAAGCAAGAGACUGGAAAUAGCCGAGGCUAUACAGAUGAAGAAGGGCAUCAAAUUGUCAAGCAAGCCGCAGAGAAAGAAGGGGAAGAACAGCAACCGGAAACCCUCGAGAAUUCCACCGGAGAAACGGAAACGACAGCGACACCAGCACCAGGGCCAGGCCACCUGAUUCGCCGCAAAACAAUGCCAAGCAACAUGCUAGCCCUCAACGUAGAACAGGGAAGCUGGGCAUACUCGUGCCAUAAUUGCAAGCGCGAUGCGUCAAAAGUCGACGAGCUCUACUUUUGCGAGGUCUGUUACCAAACGCACUGGUGUGGCGAGUGCCUGGCCAUGGUGCGCGACCGCACGUUGCAGCCCGGUCUGGCCGCCAACGCCUGCAACCCGGCCCACGACAUGUACCGCGCAUGGCCCAUCGAUGCCGAGGCAAGGGACCUGGCAGCCGUGUACAUGGAUGGUGGUGCCACGCUGAGGAGGGAGUGGUUAGAGGAGCUCAGGGCGAGCUGGCUCGGGGUUGGGGCUUGAAAGGUGGGGAGACCACCAACAUCGGGUGACAGCUCAACCCAGGAGUUUGGAUAAAGGGUAAGUUUAGGUGAUACUGGUCCCUAAGCUUGUAUGUUGUUAUUACAUUAGGUUGCGUCCAGCCUCUUGGCACAAAUGACAUCUCUUUUCAAC